GUCCCUUUCACGCAGGUGAAAGUAAACAUUCAAAAUCGAGCAAGUAACUGCUCGAAUCCGGUCUGUUUGACAAGCCGGUUGUUGUUCUACCCUGCCUCGGUGUCCAAAACCAAAUCAAUUUUGUGAAUGAAUCCUCCUAGAGUGUUGCAUUUCUCGAUUUACCACCAAAAUUUGCAGCGAUACGCCGGAACCAUGUCCGGCAAAUCGAAAGGAGCCAAGGGUGGAAAGAAGGAAGCGCCAGUGGCGUCUGCUGUCGUUCAGCAAGGCCCUGUGUAUGUGGACCCCAAGUCAGGAAAUGUUCUCAUCAAGAUUCAAGCGAAACCAGGAGCGAAGACGAACGGGAUUACGGAUAUCGGAGAGGAAGGCGUUGGCGUUCAGAUUGCGGCUCCCCCCGUCGAUGGCGAAGCCAAUACCGAGCUGGUGAAGUACCUUUCAAAGCUCCUGGAACUACGCAAAAGUGACGUUUCCCUGGACCGGGGUUCCAAGUCCCGGCAGAAGACGAUCGUCCUGGAGAAGGGAUGCCGAAUGCCGGAACAAGUGCUGGACGUAUUUCGGAAGGAAGCGCAAAACUCGUGAUCUCCUCUGGUAAGUUUGUAGCUAUAAUAUAUAUAUUUUGACCCUUUCACUAUUGUUUUUUUACGUCUGUAUGUUGUGUAUAUUUAUACUCUUUUUCCCUCUCACGUGAGCGGUAAAAUAAUUAUAAUAGUAUAGAUAGGUAAUAAACGACAUUACUGAAUUGGAAAUUCUAAAAAAAAAAUGUAUUCAACAGAAAGAAAAUCCCCUAUUGUUUGAUUUCUCAUUUUAACAACUUUAAAAGAUUACAGCCUAUUAGCUUUCUAAACUUUUCACAGUACAUUUGGGUUAGUAUUUAUUUAACUAGGUAGAAAUUGUACGUCUGUGUGACGAUAGCAACGAUUUUUCGGGGGAGCAAAUCACGUCCUACCUAGUAUGAUUAAAAAAUAAUGCAUUCACAUUGAACAUUGAUAAUUUCCUAUUAGUAACGACGGAUUCUGGAGCAACACAAAAAAAUCAGACAGAGCUUGAGAAAGGUGUUUCUAUCAUAUUUUGUUGUUAGCUAGACGCGUAGAUUUUACACGUGUUUCUAUUUCUCUUUAAGUGACGUUGAAUGACACACGAUUGCUGGUGAAAAUCUGUUUUCCGUUCACAAACCCGGUCAGGUAGUGAGAAUUUUACAGGGACAAAUCCUUAAGACCACACCACUGAAAUUUUCCAUAUUUGCUGAAACGCUGUAUUUUUAACAUAUUGCUCUCAAUUUUUGUUUCUUAUUUUAUUUUACGACGAUUAAGAAAUUUGCAGAAAAUGACAACAGGAAAAACAAUAAUUAGAAUCAUGUUCACCUUAAAUACCAGAAAAAAUUGCAUGUCAAAAACUCCAGACCACUACUGGACAAAUAGUGUUCUGCCAAAAACUAUGUGGAUUUCAAAGUGGAUGACUU